GAGCAAAGCAUUGUGGGACGGAGACGAAUUCCAACGCGCUUCUCCUCCAGGCCACACAAAGCACUAGAGUGCCGAUCAAUUUACCACUUUAUUAGUCUCUAAAACUACAUUUUUAAAAACUUUUUGAAGGGAAUAUCAUCACAGUGAGUCCAAUGAACUUGAUUCGCUAUUAAAGAUUCGACUCAGAGUGAACGCACGAUGCCUAAUUUCUGCGCGGCGCUAAACUGCUCCAGGAACAGCACUCAUUCGGUGCUGGCGUUCUUCAGGUUUCCACGGGACCCAGAGAGGUGUAAGAAAUGGGUGGAAAACUGCAGUCGCUCAGACCUUAAAGACAAAACACCGGACCAUCUGAACAAAUACCACAGACUGUGUGCCAGACACUUUGAACCUAACUUGAUAACCAAAACCAGCCCUUUCAGGACUGUACUGAAGGAUAAUGCGAUACCAACCAUAUUUGACAAUCCUUCCUUCAAACGGUCGAAUAAUGAGACAGAAAAUAAGGAUGCCCCUGAAGCGAAGAAGAGUAAAUCGGAUUCCCAAAGUGAGCCAACGAAAGAUAAUAGUGAGGCAACAACCAAAGAGAUCAGUGAGAGCAAAAAUGGCGAUGGGGUUGACAGCAGCCCCCAGGUCAUUGAUGAGGAAACGCUGAAUAAAGAGUAUCUCAAGUCUCUGUUUGAUGUUGUUGUGAUGAUGGGAACGCAGAACAUCCCUCUGCAUGGGCACUCCGACAAAGAACCCAGAAGCAAAAGCUUUACUCCCAGCAACUUCCAGGCACUUUUGGAGUACCGCAUCAAUGCAGGUGACGAAUUUCUCAGAAAGAAGUUCGAGGGGUCGCCCGUAAACCUCGAGUAUUGCUCCUCUACUCAAUUGCAGCAGAUGCUGGAAGUGAUCGAAAACUGCGUUCAUGGAGAGUUGUUGGCUGAAGUUAAAGAAGGACGCUUCUUCUCAUUGGUUGUAGGCAACCUGGUUGAGAUAGGCGGAGAGAGCCGUCUCCCAUUGUUUAUACGUUUUGUGGACAAGACCAACUGCCUCCGGGAAGAAUUUGUCGGGUUUCUGCCUUUUGAAGGUGAUGUGGAGGCUAUCACCAAGAGGCUUAUUGCUGAAGUGACCGAGAAAUGUGGCCUGGACAUGCAGUACUGCAGAGGACAGGCAUAUUUGUGUUCUGGUGUGUCCGCUAUGAAGGUCAAAGCAGUGGUGGCCAGAAUAGCUGAGUUACACCCGCUAGCGGUUCUCACCCCUUGCUCCAGCUGCUCUCUAAACAUCUGCCUGGCAAACACAAUGACCUUCACAGGAGUGCAUCUCGUCAUGUCUACCCUGAAAAAGCUGGAUGCAUUUUUCAGUAAGUCACCAUUGUUACAAAAUCAGCUGGAAAGUGCAAUUUCGAUCUACUACCAGGGAAAUGAAGAAAAGGCCAGUGUCCUCAAAGAGGCCUGUUACUCGAAAUGGACCGAGCAGCAUGAUACAUUCGAAGUAGCUGUCGACCUCCUGGAGUCUCUCCUGCUUUGCAUGGAUAGCAUCCAUGAUAAUGAAGAUCACAAAUGGAGCGAUGAAGUAGCACACAACGCCUUUGUCAUAUCCGAGGCAUUGGCUGAUUUUGAAUUUGUCAUGACGUUAGUGGUGCUGAAGAACACACUUUCCUUCUCCAGAGCCUUUGGUAAGAAUCUGCAAGGCCAAACGAACGAGGUUUUCUUCGCAUCUAGCAGUCUAACUGCGGUUCUGCAUUCGCUGAAUGAAGUUUACGAGAAUAUCGAGGUCUACCAUGAGUUCUGGUUUGAGGAGGCUGUUAACCUGGCUGCAGCUCUUGAAAUCCCAGUGAAAGUACCCAGGCUGUACUUCAGAAAACGGCCAACAUCUGGUGAGGAAAUCCAACCUGAGACCUACUAUAAAGAGCAAGUCACCCUUCCAGUGGUCAGCCAUGUGAUUAAGGAGCUGUCUGAUCUUUUCUCUGAAAAUCACCUGAAGGCUCUGAAGUCCUUGUCACUCGUCCCUGCCAUCAUGGGACAGUUGAAGUUCAACACCGCAGAGGAGACCAGUGUAGACAUUUAUAAAGAUGACUUGCUGAACCCAGACACCUUUCCUGCCGAGUUACACUGCUGGAAGAUCAAAUGGAAGCAUGGCACUAAAGACGUUGUACUGCCAUCAACUAUCUACGAGACGCUUCAGCUGUCCGAUGUGAAGUUCUUCCCCAACGUGUGUGCUCUCCUGAAAGUCCUGUACAAUCUGCCAGUCUUUGCUCUGACAAAUGACAAAUGUAGCACUGCGAAACAACGACUGACAGCGUACCUGGAAGAUACACCUGUGCAUCACAGAAACAAGAGCAUGGCUCUGUUCUAUAUUAACUGUGCUAUUAAGCAUGAUUUGGACAGCAUGGUGGAGAAAUACUUGAAAAUGUAUCCAGAUAGUGAGCCGUCAGAGAAUCGUGAUUGAUUACAGGCAGCAGCACAGUUUUACAUAUUGCAGUAUGAUGACUAUUGUCAAUCAGCAGUUUGUAAUUUUGCAGCUAUAAUUUUGUUACUUUUGCUUUUUAUGUACAGUCAUACAAGAUUAACAGGACUUGAGCCUUUUCUUAUUGUUCUACCGUUUCAUUUAACUUGGUGUAUAUAAAAGUGUACCCCCAGUUUGAAUUUGAAAAUAUUAAAAAGAUCUUUGCUGACCAAUUCCAUGAAUGUGUCUUGAAACUGUUAAAUGCAUUUUUCAG